GAGGAGGGGGGCCAGGAGGCUGGCGCCCGCGGCUCCCUCUCUCGCCUUCACUGCCGGCAGCCCCAGCUCCGAGCUCCCAGCUCCCAGCUCCCAGCACCAUGUUUGCCGCGGGCGCCCCCAGCCACACCCUCCUGCGGCUCCCCCUGCUGCAGUUGCUGCUGCUCUUGGUGCAGGCCGUGGUGAGAGGGCUCGGCCGUGCCAGCCCGGCUGGGGGACCCCUGGAAGACGUGGUUAUCGAGAGGUACCACAUCCCCAGGGCCUGUCCCCGGGAGGUGCAGAUGGGGGAUUUUGUGCGGUACCACUACAACGGCACCUUCGAGGACGGCAAGAAGUUUGACUCGAGCUAUGACCGCAGCACCUUGGCGGCCAUCGUGGUGGGCGUAGGGCGCCUCAUCAUUGGCAUGGACCGUGGCCUCAUGGGCAUGUGUGUCAACGAGCGGCGCCACCUCAUCGUGCCUCCCCACCUGGGCUACGGCAGCAUCGGUUUGGCGGGGCUCAUUCCCCCGGAUGCCACCCUCUACUUUGACGUGGUCCUACUGGAUGUGUGGAACGAGGAGGACACUGUGCAAGUGAGCACCUUGCUGCAGCCGCCGCAAUGUCCCCGCGUGGUCCAGGACAGUGACUUUGUCCGCUACCACUACAAUGGCACGCUGCUGGAUGGCACUGCCUUCGACUCCAGCUACAGUGGGGGUGGCACUUAUGACACGUACGUCGGCUCCGGCUGGCUGAUCAAGGGCAUGGACCAGGGGCUGCUGGGCAUGUGUCCUGGAGAGAGAAGGAAGAUCAUCAUCCCUCCAUUCCUGGCCUAUGGCGAGAAAGGCUAUGGGACUGUGAUCCCCCCACAGGCCUCGCUGGUCUUCCACGUCCUACUGAUAGACGUCCACAACCCAAAGGACACCGUCAAGCUAGAGACGCUGGAGCAGCCCCCCAGCUGUGACCGGAAGGCCGUGGCCGGGGACUUCAUGCGUUACCACUACAACGGCUCGCUGAUGGACGGCACCCUCUUUGAUUCCAGCUACUCCCACAACCACACCUACAACACCUACGUGGGGCGGGGCUUCAUCAUCCCCGGGAUGGACCAGGGGCUGCAGGGCGCCUGCGUGGGCGAGCGCCGGAGAAUCACCAUCCCCCCCCACCUUGCCUACGGGGAGAACGGAACCGGAGACAAGAUCCCUGGCUCCGCCGUGCUGGUCUUUGAUGUCCACGUCAUCGACUUCCACAACCCUGCAGACCCCGUGGAAAUCAAGAUUCUCUCCCGGCCCCCUGAGACCUGCAAUGAGACCUCCAAACUUGGGGACUUUGUUCGAUACCACUACAACUGCUUUCUGCUGGACGGCACCAAGCUCUUCUCCUCCCACGACCACGGGGCGCCCCAGGAGGCGACUCUGGGGGCCAACAAGGUGAUCGAAGGCCUGGACACGGGCUUGCAGGGCAUGUGUGUGGGAGAGAGGCGGCAGCUGGUUGUCCCCCCGCACCUGGCACACGGCGAGAGCGGAGCCCGGGGGGUCCCUGGCAGUGCUGUGCUGCUAUUUGAGGUGGAGUUGGUGUCCCGGGAGGAGGGGCUGCCCACAGGCUACCUCUUUGUGUGGCACGAGGACCCUCCUGCCAACCUGUUUGAAAACAUGGACCUCAACAAGGAUGGAGAGGUGCCCCCAGAGGAGUUUUCCACCUUCAUCAAGACUCAAGUGAAUGAGGGCAAAGGUCGCCUCCUGCCUGGGCAGGAUCCUGAGAAGACCAUUGGGGACAUGUUCCAGAACCAGGACCGCAACCAGGAUGGGAAGAUCACUGUCGAGGAGCUCAAGCUGAAGUCAGAUGAAGACCAGGAGCGGGUCCACGAGGAGCUCUGAAGGACAGGAAGCCUGGGCCUGGCCCCACACGCAAAGGCCCACUUCUUGGGGGAACAGUGGGCAAUGGGACUGACCUUCUAGUGGUCACCCUUUGCUCUGCUGGGAUAAAGUCUGGGAUCCAUCCAAGAAGUAGUCGGAGGAGACAACUGUGGUCUUCCCACUAGCCCUAGAUUAAAAUCCACAGUGCAACAUUCCAUUUUUCUCUUCCAACCCAAACCCCUUCCUUAAAAGAUUUGGAGUUAUGAAGCCAAUUUGGGGAUUUGUAGAGCCUGGGGGGUGGGACAGGGUCAUUUCUGGGACCCCCCCUCCAUAUCACUAGACACUUGGCAAGGCUGAGCUCAUCUCUUUAUUUCCUUCUCUUUUAUUCCUUUCCUUGCCAUCCCCAACACCCUGCCUCCAGCCCCCAUUCCUCCAUUGUGGCAGCUCCCAGGAACACGAAUCAGGGCUGGAGAGACCCCUCUGGUCUUCCUUCCUCAGCACUGGCUGGUUCCUAGGGAAGGGGGAGGCUCCAGGAGGGCAGGCCUACCUCACCCUGUUCCCUCCACCCCUCUGAGGUCAGUGGGGGCUGAGAUGACCCCAGGUGCUGAAGUUCAAGGCUGGGCUGUAUGUGGCCUUUUAUCCCUAAAGAAGGCUCCUCUCCCUAAGGGACCAUGGAAGAGAAAGAAAAUGAAGGGGAAAUAAGAAGGAAUCUGCUCAGAUUGGACUUGGGGCUGUCAAGUCCUUGGGUUUUGUGCUGGGAUAACCUUAAAAGAGGGCUUCAUUUGGGACUUGGGGUGGGAGGGAGGUGGGCAGAGCUCUGGACACUCAAAAGGCUAAAUUGGUAUCAGAUGCCUUUCUCCUUUGUGCUGAAUAAAAUAUUAAACUGAAGGUCUCGAGAAUGAUCUUUUACAGGGUCCUUAGAGCCACCACUGGGGAAGAAAAAAGCAAACCCUCUAUUAACAUGGUCUUGUCAGCUCAAGACGGGGUGUCCCCAGGUCCCAGCCUCCUUCUUCUGGAGGGUCCUGCCUCCCUGAGACCUAAUCGGGGGACCUCGCAGUGAAGAGGGAGCCCAGGUGGCGAGUAGAUGCCUGUGCUAGAUUGGAUAUAUUAUGUCCCACCAAAAGCCAUGUUCUUUAAUGCGGUCUUGUGGAGGCAGAUGUAUUAGGUUCAUUGGGUUGGAAUCCUUUGAUUGUUUCC